CUAUCGCCGGGACGAUAGUCAAGGAUGGGAAUGUGACAAACGGGAAAGAGAGAUUGUGUGUGUCUGUGCAGAUGCUCGAGGUUGGUCCGUGUCGCGCGACAGGAUGCAGAGAGCACGAGGCACCCAAAUCACGUUUACUGUACUCUAGUUGUGCUGAUGUUAUGGAAGUGCCUGGGAAAGCAGAGCGCCAAGGGGGCACGAUUGGCCCUUCUUCCCGGUCGUCGUUCAGAGAGAUUUGUUUACUUUUUCAGCUCUCUUUGCAGCUACUUUGUGUGCUCAUCCUUAACCAAAAGAAAACCCGGGGCCAAGAACGGACCUUGCCAUCUUACCCCUUGGGGAAAUCUUUCCGCUAAAGUAGCGAUCCGUCUCAGUCCCGGCUCCCGUGCUAAGUUGUCUCGAGUGGAACUGUUUUCUCCACCCACAGCUAGGGGCUCCAGUGCUGGGGGAAAGCUCUCAGGCUUACUCCGUAAACAGAGCACAGACGGAAAGCAGGGCUUCGAAUCGUCUAGCUAAUCUCGAAGUGAGGCCAGUAGAUCGCAGAGUGAAACUACAACAAAGCGGCUUGGAAUAAGCCCGCCAGUUCAAAAAUCUAAAACCCACAGAGGAGACUCUCUUUGAUACAUUGUCUAAUUCACAGGAA